AUGGCAGCGGUCGUACAAAACACACACAUGGAGACGUUUCAAGAGAAACAAUCCAGCGUCAUCCAACAUGUCGAAACAGCAGAGGAAACCAAACCACAAACCAUAGAUGGCCUCAUUCGACACCGCGCAAAUCUGCUGGGAGAUGCUCCGCUAGUGUACUACCCACACACUGGCAUUGAUUAUGUCGGCUAUAGUAUGCGAAAACUAGACAUCUUUGCAUGCAGAGUCGCGCAGAAGCUCGCCUCACGGCUUCCUUCUCGCACCUCAUCAUCAGAGAAGCCUAUCGUGGUGUCGUUGUUGGGUCCGUCUGAUCUCAACUAUCUAACCACUUUCUGGGCCCUAUCAAAGUUGGGCCAUUCGGUUCUCUUCUUGUCGACACGUAUCUCUCUAGAAGCUUAUGCUUCGCUACUUGAGAGGACGGAAUCGAAGCAUAUUGUCAUAACUAAGGACUUUGGAGAUACAGCCGAAGACUUGACGAAAAGAAUACCAGGUCUACAGAUUGACUACAUCGCCACAGAUGAUUGGUACAACUUCGCGAUCGAGGACAGUCAGAUCGACACCAAUCUGACGCCAAACCUAGAUUUAGCUCAAGAAGAGAAAUAUGUCUCAUGGAUCAUUCACUCAAGUGGAUCAACAGGUUUACCAAAGCCGAUUUUCCAGACUCAUAAAGCUGCUCUUGGGAAUUAUGCGCUAAAUAUGAACAUGAGAGGUUUUAUUACUCUUCCUUUAUAUCACAAUUAUGGUAUAAGUUGUUUGCAUCGAUCGAUAUUUUCUGGCAAACGUAUACAUUUAUAUAACCCUUCUUUGCCACUUGCUCGACAAUAUCUUCUCGGAACUAUGCAGGCAAAUGAUUUUGAGGUAUUUUACGGUGUGCCAUAUGCGCUCAAGCUUCUUGCCGAGGUCGAAGAAGGUAUCGAGGCUCUUCGGAAAUGCAAAAUUGUUUUGUUCAGUGGUUCUCCAUGCCCGGACUCGCUGGGCGACAAACUCGUUGCCAACGGUGUGCAUCUCGUCAGCCAGAUUGGCUCAACCGAAACGGGCCAAUUGAUGACCUCAGAGCGCCCCCGCGAAGAUAAGCUGUGGGAUUGGCUACGUCCAAGUGCCGCUGUGAACCCAUAUUUAAGAUUUGAAGAACGGAGUGCCGGGAUAUAUGAAGCGGUUGUUUUGGAUGGCUGGCCUUCGAAAGUACUGUCCAAUAGGCCUGAUGGAGCUUAUGCAACGAAGGAUCUAUUCAUGAAACAUCCCGAUAUAGAAGCGUACAAGUAUUACGCUCGUCUCGACGAUACAAUUGUGCUAGUGAACGGCGAAAAAGUGAUUCCGCUUGCCCUUGAAGGAUCAGUGAGACAGGACCCAGCGGUUGCAGAAGUCCUUGUUUUUGGCGCACAGAAGGUUAGUAUCGGUAUGAUUGUCAUACUCACAGAAGCCGGUGCAGCGCUUUCGAAAGAUGAGCUUAUCGAACAAAUCUGGCCCAGGGUAGAACAAGCGCAGAUUGAGAUGCCGGCCUUUGGACGGCUGUCGAAAGAUAUGGUGUUCCUUCUUCCACCGGACACCCAGUAUCCACGAACGGACAAAGGCACGGUUAUCAGACAGGCAGCCUAUCGAAAAUUUGCCGAGCUAAUUGAGAGUGCAUACGAUGACAAACAAACUCCAGCAGAACUUGAGACAUUGUCAGAACCAGAGCUGAGGCAGUUUUUGGAGAACGAACUUCAAGGUAUUUUGCCACCAAAGUCACGCAAGCUUUUAGACGAGGAUGCGGAUUUUUUCAAUAUCGGCAUGGACUCUCUGCAAGCUACGCAGCUACGGUCUAUUAUCAGUCGCCGUAUUGAUGUCGGUGGGAAAGAGCUUGGUUUGAAUGUGGCUUUUGAUAACCCUACAGUCAAAUUGUUAGCUCACCACCUGCUAUCCUUGAGAACCGGUGUUUUGGAUAUUAACAACUCUGUUGAAGACACUAUGCAGUAUUUGAUUGAGAAGUACUCUGUUUUCAAACAGCACAAGCCAUUGCCCAACGGUCUUGAUGGUCGUUAUAUCGUCAUUACCGGCACAUCUGGCUCACUCGGAUCCCACACAGCUGCCAACCUAGCCCUUCAACCCAACGUUCGCAUCAUUUAUUGCCUGAUCAGAGCCGGCUCUGUCAUGGAGGCUUACGAACGCUUGGCCAAAUCAUUGCGUGAGCGACGCCUCUACGACAAUCUUACUGAUACCGCCCGAAGCAAAUUGGUCGCUCUUCCAGCGAAUCUCUCUGAUCCAAAUCUGGGCUUCGAUGAGCACACAUACAAUCUGAUCACAUCUCAGAUCACAGACCUGAUCCACUGCGCAUGGUCCGUCAACUUCAACUGGCAACUCGCCAGUUUCGAAAAGGACAAUAUCGCUGGCGUCAAAAAUCUGAUUGAUCUGUGCCUGAAAUCGCAACGGCCUACCCCCGCUUCAUUCAAUUUCUGCUCCUCUAUUAGUGCUGUCGUCAACACAGCCGAAGACGAGAUUCCGGAGGCUCUCCCCAAGAGUCUAAGCUACGCGCAAGAAAUGGGCUACGCUCAAUCGAAGCUUGUCGCAGAAAAUAUUUGCAUCAAGGCAGCCGAACACACAGGUAUUCGCGCCCGUGUUCUUCGAAUCGGGCAGGUCAUCGGCGACACGCAGCAUGGUGUUUGGAACACGACCGAGGCAAUCCCACUCAUGAUACAAUCCGCAAUCACUAUCGGCGCGCUACCACGCCUUAACGAGACUCAUCGCUGGCUUCCCGUCGACGUCGUUGCUCAGAGCAUAAUCGACCACUCAUUCUCCACUUUUGAGUCAGGCGUUCUCAACAUCGUCAACCACAACAAUUUCCAUUGGACAACCGAUCUUAUUCCACACUUACACAAGGCAGGCCUGCAGUUCACGGAACUGGAGACGAGCGAGUGGCUCAGGAAGCUGCGCGUAUCGAACCCAGACCCCACUGUUAAUCCGCCUAUCAAGUUGGUGGAAUUUUGGACAACGAAGUAUGGGUCUGGUGAAGGGUUGAGAAAGUCGUAUGUGUGGCGGACUGAGGUAGCGAGGCGCUUUUCGAAGGCGCUGGAGGAGACGGGGGGACUGGGGCAGGAGGAUGUGGCCAAGAUGGUGCAAUAUUUUAAGACUGUUUGGUGA